AUGGCGAUAGGUGAUGCAGACACUACGAAUGCGACAACAGCAGAAAUUCAAUCGACGAUCGAUGUGAGUAGUCCACGUUACAUUCAUCCUUCUGAUAGCCCUAGGCUAGUUUUGGUUCCAGUCCCUUUCGAUGGACUAGGAUAUCGUUCAUGGAGGAGAGAUAGUAUGGAGUAUGUGAACACUUCAGUUGAGCUAUGGAGUGAACUUGAAGAUCGUUAUGACCAAACAAACAGAGCAAAGUUAUACCAGAUCCAAAAGGAGAUUAAUGACUUGAGCCAAGGAGUGCUCGACAUCACUGGAUACUACACUAAAAUGAAGAAGUUGUGGGAAGAAUUGACCAAUCUGAGUGCUAAAUCGGUAUGUAACUAUCAGUGCACUUGUGGUGCAAAAGAGAACAUGCACAAAAUUGAGCAAGACAGGAGAUUGAUACAAUUCCUAAUGGACUUGAAUGAGGUCUACACUGUAGUUCGAGGGAGCAUUCUAAUGAUGAAUCCCUUGCCUUCAAUGGCACAGGCUUUUGCUCUUCUAGUACAAGAGGAAAAACAAAGAGAGUUUCGACCAAGGAAUCGGUUGAAUUUUGAGACUAGUGCAAUGAAUACCAGCAUUACAGCUCCAAGAUCAUUCAGAACAAAUUUCUCAGUGAACAACAGACCUAGGCCCUAUUGUGACUUCUGCAAGAAACAAGGUCAUACCAAGGAAAAGAACAAUAGAGGAAGGAACAUUACAGCAAAUGUUGUGGCUGGUGCACAUGCUAUGCCAUCUGAUACAAUGUCAAACCAAGGAGAAGAUCUAGAGAAUCAAGGAGGAAACAACAACCAGAAUGUAAACCUCUCAAAGGAGCAAUAUGAUCAAGUGGUGAGACUCCUGCAGCACUUUCACAGUGAUGGAACAGGGGACAGUUCAAACAUAAAUCCAGCCAAUGCAACAGUGAAUUUUGCAGGAAAUUUUGCAGGUAUUGUGACUUGUACUUCUUCUAUAGAUUUUGACAAACUGUCAUAA